AUGGCCGCCAUCGCCAUGGGUGCGCAGCCCUUGCGCAUGGCCUCACUCCUUCCCCGAAUCUCAGCGCCAGCUUUCACACAAACUUCAAGGAUAUUCUCCCUGUACACGCGCCAGGUCACCAGCUCGUUCCUUCCGGCGCUGUCCUUCGCGCUGCCGGCAUUCAAUCUCAACGUCCCCGCCUGGCUUGGCGGCAUCUGGGAGUCCAUCCUGAGGGCAGUGCCCAAGAAGAAGACGUCGCACUCGAAGAAGAGACACAGGCAGAUGGCCGGAAAGGCUCUUAAGGACGUUAAGUCUCUGUGCAAGUGUCCAGGCUGCGGCCAGAUCAAGAGGCAGCAUAUCGUGUGCCCGCACUGCUUGAGCAAAAUCAAGGAUCUUUGGAGAGAUGAGAACCCCUCGGGAAAAUUCAUUUAA